GUUUGGCCAAGGUAAUUAAGCAAAUUAUUCCAGAUUAUCUUUGACAGCGUCGGUCCGUCCUCUCAUGUGCGGCGCUGAUGAAAAAGCGCACAAGUUGACGUAUCGGGUCGGCGCUGGUAUUUAAACCCGGUCUGGCCGCUGCCGUGUCAGUUCCCGAGCUGUUCUCGCCCAGUCAGCCCGUCUUCUCCCGCUCCCGUCCACUCGUGCCAGCCGCUCCGCGACAAGGAUCUUCCCGUAACUUGUCCACACCGUAGACUUGGAUUAUUAUUUACUCUCCUGCUCGUCUCUACUACCGAGGACAACGAUGUCGAUCUCCCUGCUACAGCUGUCCCUCCUCGCCGUCCUGAUCACCGUGAUGGUCCGACAAGUCGUCGGCACCAACAACGUCAGGCCGCCGACCAACCACAUCAAGACGGUCGGUAGGAACGCGACAGUCACGGAGAACGAGGCCAGCCGUGAGGUGGAGGAAGAAACAUUUGAGGUCAGAUGUUUUGACGACGAGUCCUGCAAUGCUGACGAGUUCUGCCACGGGCGGAGGGAGGAGAAGGUCUGCCUGCCGUGCCGCCGCCUCCGCCGCCGCUGUAACCGCGACUCCAUGUGCUGCAAGGGGAACGUCUGCCUCAACGGCAUCUGCGUCAGACCCCGGGAACGAGUGGCGCUGGAGGGACGUCGUCAUGACAACGGAGAGGAACGAGAGGAGGAGCCGCAGGUGGAAGAGACGACUGAGACUGCGGACAGCCGAGAGACCUUUCAGGACACCAAGGAAACCUUUCAGCGAGGUUCGGCCUGGUCUCGGUGCCUGAGGUCGUCAGACUGUCAGGUGGGCCUGUGCUGUGCGCGUCACUGGUUCUCCAAGGUCUGCAAGCCCAUGCUGACGCAGGGAGACGCCUGCACCCGGCCGGACAAGCGCACGGUCCCCGGCGAGCUGUUCCAGAGGUGUCCGUGCGAGGAGGAGCUGUCGUGCCGGCCGAGCAGAGACGUGGUGGUGGAAGGGAAGCCCAGACUGUACACGUGCCAGCAGUAGGACAACAGCCCACGUGGGACGGACAUUAUUAUCCUGAGGCGUGGGGAAGUUUUCCGACCCCUGCAGGAGUUUAUCGGACAGAUAUCAAGUGUUGUUCUAUAGCAGCAGGCAGCAGGGAAGGACGCCCGCUCCAAUUUCGGCCCAACAAGACGCAUCAAAGCACACACCGGACUCAGUAAACUGUUACAAAUCUGCCCUGGCUUUAAUCCCCGCUCACUUUGAGGGAUACCGCCCCUGUCAUUAGCGAUGUGUCAGAAAAUCCCUCAGCUCUGCUGAAAUAAUAGAAAAAGUAUCAGACGACCCUCGUCUGUAACAUCACAGACCAUCUUUGUUCCAAUACUGUAGUCAUGUACUGUAUAGGGUUUCCGCUAUUCAAUAAAAAAGAAGCAAGAAGAAUUUUUUUGCCGGAAGCAUUAUGAUAAUUACAAUAUCAAUCAAAUGACCGCUUCUAAGUUAACGCAUGGCCGAAUACCUCAGACGUUUUCUACCUUUGCUGUUCAUUUUUGUGUACUCUGUUUUUUAUCAGUGCAGACUGGACUGAAAUUAAAAUUGCUAUGCGUGGGGCGUGGAAACGACGACUUUUCGACCCGGUCGGCGCUGUGUAAACUACAAAAUACUCGAGAUCUAUUUAUCUAGAUUGUAUUUAUUUAGAUGUGCUCUUGCAGAUAACUUUAUUUUGAUAUGAUUGCCUCUUUGUAAAUAAUACUCUCUCCCGUUGUGUAAUUUAAAUGAGUUCGGAGGUUUACCUGUACAGAAGUCUGUGGUUUUUGUUGACAAUAAACCAUGAAAAAUAUUCACAAA